AUGAGCAAGAUUAUCUUUUAUGAGGAGAAAAACUUCCAGGGUCGCUCCUAUGAGUGCGACACAGACUGCUCAGACAUGCACCCACAUUUCAGUCGAUGCAACUCUAUCCGGGUGGAGAGUGGAUGCUGGGUCCUGUACGAGACACCCAAUUACUCUGGUUUCCACUAUGUGUUAACCAGGGGUGAGUAUCCCGACUAUCAGCGCUGGAUGGGCUACAAUGACACCAUUCGAUCCUGCCGUACAAUUUCCUUACCCAGUGGUGAUUCCUAUCGCAUCCGGAUCUACGACCGGCCAGAUUUUCGGGGCCAGAUGAAGGAGUUCAAUGGUGACCGUGAGUCACUUGAUGAAAGUUUCCAGUGCCGCAGAAUUCACUCGUGCAAUGUGAUGGAGGGCUACUGGACCUUCUAUGAACAUCCCAGUUAUAGUGGCCGUCAGUAUUUCAUGCCUCCUGGCGAGUAUUGCAAGUUCAGCGACUGGGGCGCCUUGUGUGCCACCAUCGGCUCCUUCCGCAGAAUCACAGAAUUUUAG